AUAAGUCGGUAAUGGAUAGGAUAGGGCAAAUUAGGGGAGUAAUGACUAGAUGUCCGAGCCGUUAUUCACGUUCAUAGUUGGCCGCGGUCUGGUAUUUUUAAAUUUCGUGUUGAUCCCGUUGCGUCAAGUGACAAUGAAGGCUCUUAAGGUGUUGUUUCUUGCAAUUUUAAUGAUCAAUUUUUUCGAAAUCUCGGCGAGAAGGGGCCGAGCAAGGAGCCGGAGCAAAUCUAGAGUGCAAAUUGGAUUACCAAUCACCGGGAAAUACAGAGAUCCAGAGAGUGAUCAGUAUUACAAUAAUAAUAAUGGAGCUAAAAUCCUGUUGGCAUCACAUUUCGAUCUUGAAUAUGUCCUGGGACACAAAAUAGCUUUUCUCUGUGUUGCUAGAGGCUCACCACGACCUCACAUCACCUGGUUUAAGGAUGGAGCGGAAAUCUACAGCCAUCUGUACCUUCACGUUCACGAGUGGCAAGUACGGAAUGACACCGUCAAAUCAAAACUAGAAAUCGACCCGGCUACACAAAUGGACGCUGGAGUCUACGAGUGCACUGCUGAUAACAUGUACAGCAUUGAUAGAAGAUCUUUCAAAACCGAUUUUUCUAUUGCUUUCGACUAACAGUCUUUAGCCUUUUUUUCUCAGACGAAAUUUUCAAGAUUUACAGUCAACCAUGCAGCCUCAACUUUACUACGGCUUUGUCCAACUUUGAAUUCACGUCAAAUUUUAUAGAAUAGUAAAGUAUUGUGACAAAAUAAAUGCAUUAUAUGAGAAUUGACUAUAUGAA